AUGAUAAUAUUACCGUCUAUAAGGAAUUUUUUAUUCCUUUCUAGUAGUCGAAGUAUAAAGGUGCUACCUGCUCGACAAUACUUCAAAAAUCUCACAUUUAUAACCACAAAACUUAACACCAUACAUUCGGGUCCAACGACAACAACAACAACAACAUCAUCAUCAUCAUAUCUACUAAAAACUGUAUGUUUGUCACAAUUCAGGACGUAUAGCACUACCCCUUCAUCCAAUUUGCCACCUUCUCAAGUUUCUGUCAAGGCACAUCUUGAUGCAACUAAUUUGAAAAAGAAAGAAAUCAAACAAGAAAGAUUAGAACAAUUUCAAAAACAAGAAAACAAAAAAACUUUUAAACAAAAUCUUCUAACCAUUGGAAGAAUUAUUAAAUUGGGGAAACCCGAUUGGAAAUUAUUUGUACUAGCCAUUGGAUUUAUAUUAUGUGCAGUUUUAUACCCAACUACAGCCGUUAAAUUGGUAGGAUCUGUAUUAGAUUCAUUCAACAAUAACAUUAAAGAUGAAGAUGGGGAUUUACUUGUUUGGGGAUAUAAAGUUUCCACUGUGUUUGCAGUAAUGAUACCGUUUAUGGCUGUUAGUGCUGUUUGUUUCUGGGCCAGAAUUUGGGUAUUAAAAUUAUUGGGAGAAAGAUUAGUAGCCAGAUUACGUGCUAGAGUGAUGAAGAAUUUAUUGCGUCAUGACCAAGAAUUCUUUGAUAAUGAUAAACACAAAGUAGGUGAUUUAAUCAGUAGAUUAUCAAGUGAUGCAUACAUUGUCAGCCGAUCCAUCACAUCUAAUCUCCCUGAUGGGUUGAAAAAUUUAUUGUUUGGGUUGUUAAGCUCAUAUAUGAUGUAUCUGAUCAAUCCUAUGUUAUUUGGAAUGAUGUUAUUAAUCUCACCACCAAUAACAAUUGGUUCGGUAUUUUAUGGGGAGAAAAUCAGGAAAUUGUCGACCAAUUUACAGAAUGCCACUGCUGGAUUGACCAAAGUGUCUGAAGAAACGUUGAAUUCUAUAAAAUUAAUUAAUGCAUUUACUGGUGAACAAAAGGAAUUGAGAAAAUAUUCUACUCGUUUGAGAAGAGUGGUUGAAGUUGCUAAACAAGAAGCAUUUGCUCAAUCAAAUUAUUCUGUAUCUAUUUAUUCAUUGUAUCAUACUGGUUAUUUGGCAUGUGUGGCCUUGGGGGUUUAUUUGAUGACAAAGGGAACAAUGUCAGCAGGAGAUGUGGUGGCAUUUACUAUGUAUCUGGAAUUCUUCAAUUCAGCAUUAUACAGUUUAACAACGACAUAUUUGGAAUUAAUGAAAGGCGCUGGAGCUGGAGUUAAAUUAUUUGCAUUAAUCGAUUAUAAAAACAAGGUUCCUGCUAUACAGGGGGAAAAAGUGACAACUUGGAGACAUACUUCAGUUCAAGACGACAUACAGUUUCAUGAUGUUACUUUCAGUUAUCCGACUCGUCCGAAUCAUACAAUCUUUAACCAUUGUAAUUUUGAGAUUGUUGGAGGCACUAGUACUUGUAUAGUUGCACCCAGUGGAGCAGGAAAAUCAACAGUUGCUGCAUUAUUGCUUAGGGCUUAUGAUAUUCAACUGGGUGAGAUCUUAAUUGGUGGUAAGAACAUAAAAGAUAUUCAAGUACGUGAUUUGAGACGUUAUAUUGUUGGGAUUGUUCAACAAGAGCCAGUGUUGUUAUCGGGGACUAUACUAGAGAAUAUUGUUUAUGGGUUGACUUCUUCUGAGAUCAACAAGUUAACAAUGCAAGAUAUUAUUGAUGUAUCCAAACAAGCCAAUUGUCAUGAUUUUAUUGUUAAUUUCCCUGAUGGAUAUGAUACGGUAAUUGGCAAUCGAGGUGCUUCGUUGUCGGGAGGUCAAAAACAACGUAUAGCUAUUGCUAGAGCAUUGAUCAAAAGACCUAAAGUUUUGAUUUUGGAUGAAGCUACUUCUGCUCUUGAUUCCAAAUCGGAAAGUUUGAUAAAUGAAACAUUGAAAAAUUUGACAAAUGAAGGGUCAAUGACAAUUAUUUCUAUUGCCCAUAGAUUAUCAACAAUUUCCAAAUCGGAAUUUGUUGUGGUUUUAGGUAAACAUGGUCAAGUUGUUGAAACAGGUAAAUUUGUUGAAUUAUUUAGUAACCCUGAUUCAGAGUUGUCGAAGUUGUUAGAUGAGUCGGCAACUUCACAAGCAGCAGCAGCAACACAAGAAGAAGAUGAAGUAGAUGGAUCUGAACAAGAGAAUCGUCAUCAUAAAACUCAAGAGGAUGAACUAGAGCAUAUUAAUCGAGAAGCUGAAGAGAUUGAGAACAAACAAAUCAAAUAUAGCAAGGUCAAAAAUCUAAUUGAAUCAUUACCAUUGGAUAUGAAACAACAAUUACUUGCAGAAAUAAAUAAUGAGGAAAAGAACACCACUUGA